GCCGCGGCUGAGCCUGCUGCUAGGCUGCUCAAGCUGGGCGCGCGGGGAGGCGGCGAGCACAGCUGGGCCGGGACUUCCUUCCUCCCUCUACCGCAGGACAACAAAACAACCCGGCAGCAGGCGCUGAGCCCUUGGCAGCUGUCUGGGCGAGAGGCGCAGCGAUGGGCUCCGUGCUGAGCAGCGAUAGCGGCAAAUCCGCCCCCGCCUCGGCCGCCCCGCGGGCCCUGGAGCGCAAGGGGGACCCCGAGCUGCCCGUCACGUCCUUCGACUGCUCCGUGUGCCUCGAGGUGUUGCACCAGCCCGUCCGGACCCGCUGUGGCCACGUGUGUGUGUGUCCAUUUUGUCAGAGGGAAUUGGAUGAAGACAGCUUGCUGGAUCACUGCAUUACUCAUCACAGAUCAGAAAGGAGAUCUGUGUUCUGUCCACUUUGCCGUUUACUACCUAAUGAGAAUCCAGGAAGCUUUAGUGGCAGUUUAAUAAGACAUUUGCAAGUCAGUCACACUUUGUUUUAUGAUGAUUUCAUAGAUUUUAAUAUAAUUGAGGAAGCUCUUAUCCGAAGGGUCUUAGACCGGUCACUUCUGGAAUAUGUGAAUCACUCAAACACCACAUAAUUUAAUUAAAAGGAAAGGGAAGGAGACCAUAGAAUUGCACCAUUCGUUAAGAUGCUGCUUGAACAAUUGGAGGGCAAUUGUAAAUGUUCGAUGGGCAAAAAUGUACAACACUGUUAUACGUUUGUCCAUGUUUAUUGUUAUAUCGCGUUUUAAAACUGCUUUCAUUUUGAUGGCUUAAAUCUGUUUUACAUUCUUGAGUUUUUUAGACACUGAACAACAAAAAAUAGUCUCCAUCAGCCAUUAAUAUAUGGAAGAGAACAUCAGGCAGGAUAUGUGGGUGAAGGAUCUUUAUUUGCAAAUUGGAUGAUAGUAUGUGUAAUGCUACAUAUUAAUAACUACUAUCAUGGUUGAGCAAGAUAACUAAUCUUUGUUCUAUCUAAAAAGAUGGAGAGUGAAACCAAAAUUUUGGAAGUCAACAAAGUCCACUUAACCAAAUUGUAAAAUAUAAUACUGUAACAAAAUACAUUUUGUGUUAGGGAUGUAUACUUAAUUCUUUGACUUUUUAUAACUAUGCACAAUAAGAAUUUAAUAUUAUAUUUUUCAAAUAUUUGUAGCUUAUUAUUUAGAAAUAUUUCUAUAAUAUAGGCAAUUUUCUUAAAAACCUUCAGCUGAUAUUUAUAGUAGAAGUGUUCACAUCCAUAAUUUUUAGUGGAAAACCCUAAGGGCUUUGCUUUUUUUUUUACUUUUUUCCUUUAGAAAAAAUACAAAAUAUAAAUACUGAAAACCAAACAAAAUGUAGCUUUUUACAUCAUUAUAAGGAAACACUGUUUUAGAACUCCGCCAGCCAUUCUGGUUGUCCUCUGUGUGUCCAGUCACAGUUACCAACCAUCUUCCCAAAUUCCACAGAAGUAACUAACCACUACAGUGAUACCCAUUAUAAUCACUUCCUUGCAUUUCUUUAUUAUUACCCAAGUGUGUAUCUGUACACACUGUAUUUUAAUCUUAUCCAUUUAAAAUUGUUUUAUUGGCUACAUCUAAUCUAUAGGUUCUCUCUUCUUUCUUUUCCUUAGAAUUUACUAAAGAACUUGGUCUCAUGGCCUAUAGAGUUUCCCACAAUCCGUAUUUUGCUGAUUGUGUAUUCAUGGCGCAAUUCAGCACAUUCCUCUUUCCUCUGGAUACUGACACAUGGAUCCAGAUGUUUGAAGGCUCAGGUUCAGUCCUUUUUGGCAAGACUAUAGGUCAUGGUGUGUUCUUUCAUCAGAGGGCACACAAUAUCUGGUUCUCUCUCUUUGUGAUGUCAGCUGAAAUUGAUAAUACUAGAUCCAUUGAUUUAUUGUGAGGUAGAGGAUAUUCUAAUUCUAUCAUCUCUCUUUCAUUUAUUAACUGGAACAUUUUUAUAAAGAGAUGUUUCCCCACAUAUACUAUUUGGUUAACCACUGGUCAAGUUUGUACAGGAAAGGGAAGGUAAAUAUUUGUAUUUUCCUUUCAUGUACUAAUUUUCAAGAUAAUAAACUUGUUUCCUAUUACCUUCCAGAGAUCACUUCCUUUUUUCGGUAUUAUGAACUCAUGGGUUCAAACAUAUUUGAUAGGCUUCAACCCAUUUAAAAUAUUACCUUAUUGAAGUUCAAAUUGUCCCACCUUUGGCCUUUGGGAGCCUCACCAAGUUGCCUCUGAGUCAUUUUGACAUUACACUAGCUGUCUGUAUUAGCUUCCUUGCUAUCUCAGAAGACAAGAUAUUCCAGGCCCAACUUGUGUGUUUCCUGCCCCAGACCUGGAAUGAGCCAUUUCUCUAAGAAGCCUGGCUACUUUUAGUGAGAAAUGGUAUUGCAAAACCAUAAUCAAGGCUCUAAGGAUGCUCAUUGCUAUUACAUUGGCCAUUGUUUCUAGGAGAGAGCUAGAAAUCUCUAUUUUUUUAAUAAGAUAAAACACUUUGUGAGUUUAUUGUGAAACUUCCAAAUCAAAUUGAGUACUACAGAGUUUUUACUUAAUCCUUUCUAUUACAACUAUAUUUCCAUUUUCUAUACUGAGAAUCCUGGUUUUCAAGGACACAAGGCAUGAUAGAGUUAGAAUAUCCCACAAUUAUUCAUUUCCUUUAUUUACCGUACACAUGCAGCAGCCUCAGAAUAACAAUGCUAAUAUGACUACCACCGAUACGAUUACUGAAACAAUUAAAUUUUUUUCAUUUGCUCUUCCCAUUCUCUAUUUUUAAAAGUCAUACUAUAUCAGGAUUUCCACAAAAUACUGGUAUAACAUACUAUACUCUCUCCCUUCUAUCCCCCAUUUAGUCUGAGUUCUUCAAAUAACUAUAUAUUCAGUGCUUACAGCAAGUGGUUAUCUGAUGGCUCUGUUUCUCAUAUCUGUCUCUUUCAUGACGAAUCCAGGAUGUAGAAUGACGUCUCCAGUGUAAGCAAGCAAAGGAAGCUAUGAAGACUAGUGAUAACAACUGAGGAUAAAAUAUUUGGUUGUAGUUAGCUUUUUAAUUGUCAUCAUUUAUGAACUUUGUUCCUUACACAUAAAUGUAGUCAUAAUCACGGUGUCACCAAUUCUUUAUAAUAAAUUAUCCAUUCAUUCUUUAAAGACUUGCUUACUAUUCUGCCAUCCACUGUGAGAUUAGAAAAACGCAAAACCAGACGAAAUCUUGAGGGCCUUCUUCCCUCCCUUUUAGAUACUGGUUUCAAGCUUGCUUUUCACAGCUGCAGACAAGUAAGAACAGAUUUUUAAUUUCACAAGCUCUUGUCCUGCAAUUUGGAUGGGUCGUCCAAUAAAGCAAAACCCGCUGGACAACAAGUGCAAAAAGAGAGGGAUUUUUCAGAGAUAAUCAGACUGAAAAUCUAGUCCCUAAAAAGUAAAACAAUAUAUUUCUGAGCAUGAGUACAGAAAGUAAAUCUUCGUUAGUUCAGAACCACACAAAAGGCAUCUUUAAAUCUGUAAAACUUGAAAAAACUUCAAAACUUGAAAACCUGGAUUUUAAGUAAAGCUUUAAAAAGUCAUCUACCACUAUUAACCUAAGUGCAGCAAUACUGCAACCUGUCCCUGUAUUCCUCUUGGGAUAAUUUUGCCACCUACAGGGCAAAUGACUUGCUGGCCGCCUGAAUUAUUUUGCCUUCUGAAUUAUUUUGAGUUCUAAAAGGGUGAAGUGCAAAUAUUCAUUGUUUCACUGUGCCUUUAACCUUUUAUAAAAAGGAAUUUAUAAUUCAUUGUUUUAAAAAGUGAAAACCAUAAACAAAACCAUCAUACUGUACACCUUAAACCUUAUAUACUGAUCUAUAUCAAUUAUUUCUCAGUAAAGCAGGGGACGGAGGGUCAGGAUGAAAACCAGUAUUUGAAGCUGUUGACUACUAACAAAAAAGUUUCACUCACUUUCUUUAUAGCGCCUCAAGAUGCCUUUUUUUUCAAGGCCUUAUAAAGGGAAAAACUGAUUCACUUGUUUUUCUUUAAAAGCUAAAGUCUUCUAACCCAACAAAAACCUAUGGAGAUUUUCCUUCAUGUACUUUUUCACCCAAGUUUCUAAAAUGUAGGUUGAAGAUUGGAUAGUGAAUCUAUGAUAAACAGAGCUUCAGGUCAGAUUUCCUAAGAGAUCCUGUCUCCAGUGAUAUUGCUUCAUUUCUUUUCCUGGUGCUAGGUGUCUUUCAUUUUGAAGUGAGCUUCCUCCAGCUAUUGAAAGUUUAUGGUAUCAUCAUUUGUACCUUUGAACACUGAAGUUAUUUUGAAAAAGUCACUAAGAGAUUCGUUCUUUUAUUAUUCAAUUGCAACAACAAAUCUGUAUAAUGAUCAGAAUUUAAAAUGUACAAUUCUUUUUUCUGUAAAUAUGUAUUAUUGUUAGAAAUAAAGAAUGGCAGGACCAUUGCUCAUUAAAAUA